GGCCGGAAGUGUCGUAAGGAAACCACGUAGUACUCUCUGCGCAUGUGCAAAGCGCUGUCGGGGCCGCCCUAGCUGCCGUCGUCGCUGCCGGGGCUCUAUGGUCUCUCGCUAGAGCUUUGCCGUUGGAGGCAGCUGCUGCGGUCCUGCGAGUUUGACCGGCAUCAAGCGGCAGCAACAUGGAGGAAUUCGACUCCGAAGACUUCUCCACGUCGGAGGAGGACGAGGACUACGUGCCGUCGGGUGGAGAGUAUAGUGAAGAUGAUGUAAAUGAAUUAGUGAAGGAAGAUGAAGUGGAUGGUGAAGAGCAGACACAGAAAACCCAAGGGAAAAAAAGAAAGGCCCAGAGCAUUCCAGCCAGGAAGAGAAAACAAGGUGGCCUCUCAUUAGAAGAAGAGGAAGAGGAGGAUGCCAAUUCAGAAUCUGAGGGAAGCAGUAGUGAGGAGGAAGAUGAAGCUGCAGAGCAGGAAAAAGGCAUUGGAUCAGAGGAUGCAAGGAAAAAGAAGGAGGACGAACUGUGGGCCAGCUUCCUCAAUGAUGUGGGACCAAAAUCAAAAGUGCCCCCAAGUACACAAGUUAAGAAAGGAGAGGAGACUGAAGAGACAAGUUCAAGUAAAUUGUUGGUAAAAGCAGAAGAGCUAGAGAAACCUAAAGAAACAGAAAAAGUUAAAAUCACCAAGGUGUUUGAUUUUGCUGGUGAAGAAGUACGGGUGACUAAGGAAGUGGAUGCUACAUCUAAAGAGGCCAAAUCCUUCUUCAAGCAGAAUGAGAAAGAAAAACCACCAGCUAAUGUCCCUUCAGCUCUGCCGUCACUCCCUGCUGGGUCAGGGUUAAAAAGAUCAAGUGGCAUGAGCAACCUUUUGGGGAAAAUUGGUGCCAAGAAACAGAAAAUGAGCACCCUCGAGAAGUCCAAACUGGACUGGGAGAGCUUCAAGGAGGAAGAGGGGAUUGGUGAAGAACUGGCCAUCCAUAAUCGAGGGAAAGAGGGGCGUCAUUUCAGUAAGCGGAGAUGGUUGAAGUCCCUGUGCUGGAGACAGUCAUCUGUCCGGGAAAGAACUGCUGCUUUUCCUCUGAGCUCCAGACUCCCAGGGCCCAGUACAGCAUUCCAGGAUCAGAGUCAGCCCUGCAGUCCUGUAACCCAUUACACAGGUACAUUGAACGGAAAGCCUUCCUCGACCGAGUGGAUCACAGGCAGUUUGAAAUUGAGCGAGAUCUCAGGCUGAGCAAAAUGAAACCUUGAUGUUACGGGCAAAAUCAAGAGCAGCUUAAUCCUGUUUACAAUGUGAGCUUUUUGUGCAUCUGUGAAAUGUUUCCCAGUGUUUCUCAUGAUCUGUUUCCCAGCAAGGUCUUUUUUUUUUUUCUACAUUGAAGUUCUGUCUAUGUAUCUUAAUCACAAAUGGUUUCAUUCACUUUACUUUUAAAAAUUUGUCCUUAAAUGAAUAAAUAAAAUAAAAGUUGGUCCUGUGAGAGGAUGAUGAAGAUGA